AUGCGGAGCCGCGCCGAGGUGGACGCCACGCUGCAGACGGCCAAGCUGAACCCGGCGGAGCUGCUGCCGGCCGUGCACUGCCUCAGCUUCGGCCCGCAGGCCGGCGGCGGCGAGUGCUGCCUGCUGCAGCUGGAGCCGGGGCUGUGCGCCGAGCUGGAGGCGGGCCGCAGCUUAGUGAUCCGUGGUGAAAAGGAUGAACAUGCAGUGUUGUGCAGCAAAGAUAAAACUUAUGACAUGAAAAUAGCAGAUACCUCAAAUAUGCUGCUGUUUGUUCCUGGCUGCAAAACUCCAGAGGAACUGAAUGCAGAUCCAGCAUCGUGUAAUAUUAUUUAUUCACAGGUUGCUGGUUUCUCCAAGAACUAUUGGGAAUUAAGGAGAUGUCGACCAAAAUUGAAGAAACUGAGGAAGCUUUUAAUGGAAGAUCCUUAUGAAGGGCCUGAUAGUCAGAAAGAUCAGACUUCAACAUUUUCAAAGUAUACAACAGAAGAUUUGUUAAGUCUGAUUCAAGCAAGUGAAGAAGAAAUACUCCACCAAUUGCAGGUUAUAGAUGCCUGCAAAAUUGAAGGAUAUUGGCGAAUCCUAGACUUUGACUAUGAGAUGAAACUCUUGAGUCAUGUGACUCAGCUAAUAGAUUCAGAGUCCUGGCCUUUCAGUAAGGUUCCUCUGUGUGCCUGCCUUGAAGAACUUGGAUCUCUAGAACCCAGAGAGAUGAUAGAACACAUUCUUUUAAGCUAUGGCAGGAAAUAUGUUGAUGAUGCAGGGGAAGUUUUCUUUGAAAUGCGUGAAGAUAAAAUAUGCAGAGCUAUAGCACAAAUGCUUUUGCAAAAUGCAGUUAAAUUCAAUCUAUCAGAGUUUGAAGAAGUCUGGCAACAGAGUGUCCCUGAGGGGAUGACAACAAGGCUUGAUCAGCUUCAGGGCUUGGCUCUUGUGGAUAAAAGUUCAAGACCAGAGACCAUUUUUCUGCUAAAAGUAGAAGACUUACCAGAAGACAAUCAGGAAAGAUUCAACAGCUUAUUUGGCAUACGGGAAAAGUGGACAGAAGUGGAUAUUACCCCUUACAUACAAGAUUUGUGUGCAGAGAAGCAGACCGUUGGUGCUCUUCUGACAAAAUAUGCUCGCUCCUCAAUGCUGAAUGGUGUUAAAGUUUUUAAUUCUAGAAGACCCAUCUCGUAGCAAGUUCUGUUUGAAGAACUGAGGAUACUGAAUGUAGUAACAGUGAAUGUUACUUGCUGCUGCCUUCCGGGGAAGAGAGUUGCCAACCAUCAUUAUACAGUGGAGUUUAAGCAGCUACACUACUUGAACAAGUUGUGUUUUCUGCUCAGCUAAGGAGAGUGUGAGGGCACUGGCACUUGUGGCCUCUAAGGAAUGAUAUUCAGCUCAUCUUCCUUUGCCAACCUUCUUUUGCCCAACUUCUUUUUCCUUUAUGUCUAGCUAAGCCAGGAGCCAAGCUACUUCUUGAAUACGCUUAAUCUGUUUAUCCGUAAUUCUGGAAUGAAAAUUUAAAACCUCCUUGAUAAUAAUUCAAAUCAAUUGAAUUGAUUUGAAUAGCAAAAUGGAAAUUUUAGUCUUCUGCCCAUUAGUGGCCAUUCUUAACGAUUAAAGUUUCAAUGCAGUGUUCACAUUUUGAAUAGCACAGAGCUCAUCAAGCUCAUGAACAAAUCAUUCUGCACUGAGAUUACACCAGUCUUGAUUUUGAAAAGUGGUUCUUUUUAAGGUCACGUCUAUGAACACCAUCAGCACAAGCACCUGACACUUUUUAAUACUUGGCAGAAUAGCCUUAUAUAUAUUUUAAAAAUAUAAUUGCAGUGAAGUGUGAAUAUAAGAGAGUAGUUGGAUAUUGUGUUACAAAUUUCCUAUAAACUGUCAUUAAAAUGUAGCUGAGGUAAAACUAAUGCUUUAUAGAAGACUACUUGAGCUAUUUUAAAAAGAACCUACAAAACUUUGUAGUACAAUUAUUUUUUUAAAACUUAGUUAUGGCAAAUAA